AUGCUACCUUCUUUUGUCACCAAUCUCUUGGGGGUUGCCCAGAUCCCCCUCUUCAAUCAACAAAAGCAACCUGGUGAUGGAGAUUCCACAACACGUGGUCGGCACGACUGGCUCCAGUUCAACAAAGAUGGCACAUUCCAUAUCUCCAUUUUCGGUGACCUGCAUUUUGGAGAAAACGCAUGGGAUCAAUGGGGCCCUCAGCAAGAUAUACACUCGGUCAAGGUCAUCCAAAAAGUCCUCGACUCGGACCGACCAGACCUGGUCGUUUUGAACGGGGAUCUGGUCACCGGCGACAACGCGUUCCUUGAGAAUGCAACAUCAUACGUUGACCAGAUCGUCGGGCCCAUGGUGGACCGUCGUUUACGCUGGGCAUCCACAUACGGGAACCACGACCACCAGUACAACCUGUCCGGGAGUGCCAUAUUGGCACACGAGCGUCGCUACCCAGGCUCGCUGACGACCAGCAUGGUAUCGGACCCCGAGGCCGGCACCAGCAACUACUACCUACCGGUCUAUGGAGCAGACUGCAGGCCGCCGCGCCGGGGCGGCGAAACCCACGGCACCCCAGAGAUGAUACUCUGGUUCUUUGACAGCCGCGGCGGCUGGCGGUACCAGGAGAAGGACGAGCAAGGCGACCUGGUCGGGCUGGAGAACUGGGUGCACAAAAGCGCCGUGGAGUGGUUCCGCGCCACGCAGAACCGGCUCAGGGCGCGGUACGGCAGGGCGAUACCCAGCCUCGUGUUUACGCACAUACCCAUCUACGCGGCCCUGGCGCUGCAGACGGAGCGCGGCAGGGCCUCGGUGGACCCGCGUCUCCAGCCGGGCAUCAACGACGACUACCCCGUCUCUCCGCAGGCUCAGGGAUGGUGCGCGGACGGCCGGGACGAUGCGGGGUGCGCGUACGGCGGGCAGGACGUCCCGUUCAUGCAGGCGGUGGUGGAGACGCCGGGGGUCAUGGCCAUGUUCUUUGGGCACGACCACGGCGACACGUGGUGCUACAGGUGGGACCGCCUGGUGCCGGGCAUGACGGUCGCGGGCAGCGGCGUCGACCUCUGCUUUGGGCAGCAUUCCGGGUAUGGGGGCUACGGCAACUGGAUCCGGGGUGCGCGGCAGGUGUUUGUGACGGAGGACAUGCUGCGGCGGAGAGAGGUCGAGACGUGGAUCAGGCUGGAGACGGGCGAGGUGGUCGGUUCUGUGAUGCUUAACGCCACCUACGGGGAGGAUUUGUAUCCUGUCACGCCCAACGACAUGACGUAUUGCCCAACUUGUUGAAUACAAGCAAAUACCUAUACUAAGGUAUUGUCGAUUUUUCUUCUUUUGCUUUUGAGAACAACGCAAAAAAAGACUAGACCCUAGUACCUAACCAAGUUGUGGUUGCAUCCAUUGAGCACUUUGGCUGUUGUACAAAUGGCCAAGUCCACAAACAGCAUCAGCGGCGCGCCAUGGCGGCACAGGCCCAUGCCCUUGGUCACAAAUCCACGUGUCCAUCCCUUCAACCGCCUAGGCCCC